UAAAAUUGCAAUCAAUUAGCGUAUCAAUUAUAUAGUAAUAUUAAUAUUAUAAGUAUUCAAUUAUAGUAAUAUAUAAUCUCCAGUAUAUUAUAAUUAGCCUUGUUAUAACAAAUACGGAGCUAAUAGAUCUCGGCCUCUAAAGUUAUUGGACUUCAAGGGCGGUCAGCGUUCAUUAAUAUCAAUACAAAUAAUAUUGUCAAGAUCAAACUAGUAAAUAAAACGUGACCGAAGAAAUACAGUCAACUCAGAAAAGAAGCUAUUCAAGACCAGUCAAGUUCGAAUAAGUAACAAGAAAAUACGAACAAAAUAUGCAUGAAAAAUAGCAAUUAAUGAUGAACUAACAUGAAAAAUAGCAACAGAUGAUGAACUAGCAUGAAAAAAUAGCAACAGAUGAUAAACUGGCAUGAAAAAGCAACAGAUGAUGAACUAACAUGAAAAAAUAGUAUCAGAUGAUGAACUAGCAUGAAAAAUAGCAACAGAUAGUAAGAUAGAAGAGAAAAUAAGAAGAUAAAAAAGGAGUCCAGCACCAAAAUGCGCAUCCGUUGGAAGUUGCCUCGAAUUCGGCCGGUAUCACUGAUACUGAUCCUGGUGGGGGCCACGGUCCUGUGGUUCCUUGUUCUCUCCCGGCCCCGGCGCGGUCUUGGGGACCAGCUGGACCCGCUCAAAUACGAGCACCUGAAGCGGGACUACUUUGAUGUCCCGGACUCUGUAGAAUAC